CCCUUUAUGUAUUAUGGCUGAACAGGUUCCUGCUGUAGAACCUACACCCGUAAUGAAUGACAUGCCUCUUCCACCUCAUAUGGUAAAUGGGGACAACAUGCAACAGGUUAUAUUGGUACAAGUCAAUCCUGGAGAAACAUUCACCAUUAGAACUGAGGAUGGACACGUUCAGUGUAUCCAAGGACCAGCCCACGUUCCUAUGAUGUCACUCAAUGGCUCGAUGCCGCCGAUAUUUGUUCCUCCUGGUUAUAUGUCUCAGGUGGUGGAAGAAAAUGGAGUUCGAAAAAUUGUAAUUUUGCCACAUUCUACUGAAUACCACCCUCCCAUGCAUCCUCCUCCACAUCUGCAACAUUACAUGCAUCCACAUCCUCCUAUGCUUGCCCACCCUCCUCAUCCAAUGUAUCCCCCAGUUCCGGGAUCAGAAUUGCAUCCACCUCAGUAUAUGCACCAACAUCCAAUGCCGCCGCCACCACCACCACCACCACCACUGCCACAACCACGCAUUUACCAUGAAUAUGAGGCCCGUUCCCAUGGAAGAACGCAUUAUAUUCCUCGAGACGAAAGAACUGGCAAAAUGCAAGAGCACUUGAAGAAGAGAAUAAAGGACAGACAUGCCAUUGGGCAUAACAACAACAACAACAAAGCCGGCGUCCCACCCUCUUCCCUGUCUAAAGUUCACAAUUCUUACAAUACUAAUGUUGAGAACGGUUAUGGAAAGGGCCAUUAUGUUGUAGAAGAACCUGUUAAGCAGAAACCAAGUGGGAAAGUGGUGAAGGACAGCCCAGCAGAAGAUGCAAAAGCUGAAGAACCUGAAAAAGAAAUUAAAGAGUUGCAGGACCUCUUUAGCACUGGAAAACCCAUAGUUUCUAAUAUUCAAGCAAGAUCAGCUGUCCUCUCUUGGAGUCAUCUGGUAAAUUCCCAGAAUGAAGAAAAUGCUAACCGUCCAGUAUCAUUUACAUUUGAAGUGGCACUAUCCAACUGUGGUAAAAGCGGAAAAUUUAAAACUAUUUACAUUGGGGAUGAAGUGACAGUCAGCCUACCUGAUCUCCAGCCAGCAACCGACUAUCAUGUAAGAGUUUCAGCGACAUACAGCUCUAUAGAAGAAUCUACUUCUGAAGUGAUAAGCUUCACAACGGAGAGCUGUGAACCAGACCGUCCUGCUGUACCUAAGCUAGUCAACCGAACCAAGAACAGCCUGAUUUUACAAUGGAAGGGAUCUAAUGAUAAUGGCUCCAAAAUAAUCAGUUUUCUUUUAGAAUGGGAUGAGGGGAAGCCUGGAACCUUCAAAGAAUGUUAUUUUGGUCACCUUAAGCAGUACAAGCUAACCAAGCUGUCUCCUUCCACAAAAUAUUCAUUUAGAUUAGCUGCUAAAAAUAACUUGGGAAUAAGUGAAUUCAGUGAAACUGUUGCCUUUAGCACAACAGGAAGUGUCCCUCCACCACCUCCUCCCCCUCAGCUAAAUCAAGCAGGAAUUACUACUCUGUCCCUAGAAUGGAGCCCUCCUCCUGGGGCUGUUACUGAGGAAUCUCAGUUCACUUACACACUGGAGAUGGAGGAAGAAGGAUCUGGUCAUGGUUUCAAGGCUAAAUAUAAUGGAGAAGAACCCUCAUGCACUUUAAAAAAUCUUCGGAGGAGCACUUCAUAUAAAUUUAGGCUCUUUGCCCACAAUAGUGAAGGAAAAAGUAACCCAAGUGAAGAAGUGGAAUACACCACAUACCCAGAUAAGCCGGGGCCCCCAAGUAAACCAUACACAAAGGGGAAGAUCCGUGCAUACAAUGUGAAAGUCGCAUGGGAUCCACCUAAAGAUAAUGGAGGAGCAGAAAUUUCAAAGUAUGUUUUAGAAAUUUCUGAAGCUUCAAAUGGAAGUAUGUGGAAUGUAAUAUAUGAUGGCACUUUAAGAGAACACGUAUGUGACCAUCUCCGACCUGGUACUUCAUAUAAAUUGAGAGUAUACUGCUUUGGAAUUGCAGGGCAAAGCCAGGCCUCAGAUAUCCUGUCCAUUCACACAUCUGCUGUUCCUCCUGGGCCUUGCCGGUCUCCAUACUUGGCUAACAGGGCUAAGCCCAGAGAAAUCAGCCUGCAUUGGGCUCCUCCCGUUGUGAAUGGGGGAGCUGAAAUAAUUGACUAUGUAGUAGACAUGGCUGAGUCCGACCAAGCUGAGUGCAGAAGAGUGUACCAAGGCCCAGGCUUGAGAUGCACAGUGAGCAAUCUGCUUCCUGGGAGGACCUACAGCUUCUGGAUUAAAGCAGCCAAUAAGACUGGGUUUGGACCUUAUUCAGCCAAGUCUCAGAUCUCCACAGCCCCAGGACCUCCCGAUCAGUGUGGCAUACCUCUGUUAACCUGUAAGACUGCUACCAGUGUGGCUGUGAGCUGGGAGGUUCCUAUGUGCAAUGGUGCCGAAAUUUGUGAUUACAGACUGGAGUGGGGCAAACUAGAAGGAUCAAUGCACGUAAUAUACACUGGCCCUUGCUUGAACUAUGAAGUAAAAGGUCUUACCCCUGCAACUACCUAUUUUUGCAGAGUCCAGGCCGUGAAUAUGGCUGGAAUUGGCAUGUUUGGGGGAACAGGCAUAGUAACAACACCAGCGUCGGUGCCAGGAGCAAUGGCACUGCCACGACUACUUGAAGGAAAGAUCCCCCUUCCCUUGGCAUCAACUUGCCUCGCUCUUCAGUGGGAUGAACCCAACUGCCAUGGGUCUGAGAUCACUGGAUAUAACAUAGAAUAUGGGGAAAGACAGAUUGUGACUGUUGAUCGAGUCACAAGCUAUACCCUAGAAAACCUGCAGCCAGACACUGUAUAUAGAAUUAGAAUACAAGCUAUCAAUAGUUUGGGACAGAGUCCUUUUAGCCAAUCAAUUAAAGCCAAAACAAAGCCACUACCUCCAGAUCCUCCUGUCCUUGAGUGUGUGUGCUUCAGCUACCAGAGUCUAAAACUGAAAUGGGGGGACGGGCCCAACAGAAUUUCACUCUCCAACUCCAUACACUUCAACUUGCAAAUGGAAGAUAAGACUGGCAGAUUUGUCACACUUCUUAAUGGCCCUUGUCACACAUACAAAGUUCAAAGACUGAGCGAAUGUACUACUUAUAACUUUAAAAUACAGGCAUAUAAUGAAGCUGGGGAAGGACCAUUUUCUGAUGUUUAUACCUUCACUACAACCAAAUCUCCACCAGCCCCACUCAAAGCACCCAAAAUAUGUCAACUGGGAGAAAAUCUUUGUGAGGUUACAUGGGAGCCUCUACCCCCUAUGAAAGGAGACAGCAUUGUUUACACUCUCCAGCUUCUCAGUGGGAGAGGAGCCGAUCAGGUAUACAAGGGGCCAGAUACCUCGUUCUGUUUCACGAAUUUUCAAACCAACUGUGAAUAUCGAUUCCGGGUGUGUGCUGGCCGACAAUAUCAACAAAAUGGUGGAUUACAAGAACUGUUAGGAGCAUACAGUCCCAGUACAGUAUUCUCAUCUCAGAAGAAAGCGAUAGACCCACCCCAGGAUGAAUCAAUAGCAGAAAAUAAAAACAAAAAGAGGUGUUUAACCGAUGAUCAAUUCGCUUUCAUUCUGGUUGUGGCAUUUGCAAUUAUUGCUGUGUUGUGUGCUGUUGCCAUUCAGUACUUUCUAAUCAAAUAAAUUAGGUAAAAGUAUUUAGCAGAGUCUGUACAUUUCUGGUUAUUUGGCAAAUUCUAUCUCAAAUCAUAGCUGGAGAUGGUUGUGUAAGAUUCAUGUGUAGAUUUCUUUCUCAAAUGUCACCUAAAAGCUAGGGAUUAUCCAGCCAAAGCCUUGCCAUGGAUAUGUAAUUGGCAUUAAAAUACUCCUGGGUCUUUUGUAACCAGGUUUUACUGUAAGAGAACAGCAGAAGGACUGCCUUAAUUUGUAACUGCUUGGCUCAGAACAUCCAACAAGGUAGAAAAACAGAUUUGGAUUGAAGUCUUUUUAAGUACAUUUGAGAAAGUGGUAGAAGUUUUUGGUUUCUUAAGAAAGAUUUGAUAUAGUUUAGAAUUCGUGAUUCAAUGAUAAGUGUUUCUUUUGAGCAUAGUAUUGUUACAUAGAACACUUCUAAAUCUUUUACUGAAAAUAUUGCCUGCCUUGAUUUGUGGUUUUGUGAAAUGAAUACUUUACAAUUUUGUUUUAAUGUUGAGAUUAAAUAUUUAAUAUCAUUUAAAGUACUAUGCGAGGGUACCAAUAAUUUUGGAACUUUACUUAUGACAAGACAUAGACAGAGAGAAAUGUACUGUAUGUGUCAGACUACUUGCAUUCUUCUGAAAUAUUGUAAAAUGCGUCUUAUAACCCUCUGUACUGUGAUUUUUUUCAAAGUAAUGUUUCCAGCCUUUGCUAAUCAGUUUUGGCCCAGUGCACACUUCACUCUGCAAUGAAGAAGAUGGUAGCACUCAGUGCUUCUGACAAAAUGUCUGCAGCAGCACUUGGGGUUUUUUUGGGGGGUGGGGUGGUAAGAGAAGGGGCACAGUCUUUCAGGAGUGCAUUAAUGGCAAAUAUUUUACUCUUUUGACUCAAAGUUAAGCAAAUGAUUUUGUACUAUUCUUAGCCUAAACAGAAAAUUCAACAUUUGUGUAUGUCCCUCUGACUUAAUUAAAAUAAUGUUUUACAUGCAAUAACUCACGUUUUUACGGUAGCAUUUACAAAGCAUUUUUAAAAGAUCUGUUCUCAAAAAUAAAUAGUUUUGUAUCUUGAUCUGUUACAAUUUGUCAUUAUUAAACAACUUUGAGGACUUUGCAGAGAAGACACUGUGCACUUCAUAUGGCUGACUGGUCCUUCUCAAGCCUUUUAUUGCAAAUGUUUUAAAAUUGUCCACUUCUGCAAGGUUUAUUUUGUGAAUCUGAAAGCUGGAAGCCCCAAAUUUUGAAUGUUUUAUGUCUCAAUUAACUUGACAUGAGAUCAUAUGUUACAAAUAUUUGCAUAUUCUGUGACAUUUUGUAUCUUUCUGUGUGCAUCACAAGUUGCACCGGUUUGUAGCAUGUUUUCUAUAAGUAGUGUGCUGAACUUUAAAUCUUUCAAAAGAUAGAACUCAAUGUUUUAAGAAUGUUGCUAAGAUGGCAGCUGUUCCAAACAACUAAGGUUUGAGAUAAUAUAUUUGAGGUGUGGAAAACAUACAAGAAUUUUUCUUUGAAAACAGCUUAUGGUGCAAUCGGAAUUAACAUUUUCCAAAAUACAUUAAUUUUGUAUUGUAUUUAUUUUUAUCAAGUUCUGGAAAAUGUACGUUUGAAUGUAUUAGUAGCACAACGUAACCAUUUAUCACACAAUCGAUGCCUUUUCCCCCACAUUCAGUUUUAUACAGAUAUUUAAGAUUAUGUUUGAUGAAUUUGUUCUGCCCUUUUUUCUUAAAAAAAUUUAUAAAAUAAUCUGCCUUCAGCAAAUAUUUAUUUUUCCCUAAAAGAAAAAGGAAAAAAGCUGCAUUGAAAACAGAACCUGCUUAGAGAGAUUUUUUUGCAAGUAAGAGAUUUUAGAGAUUAAAAAUUGGGCUGAGUACAUACUAAGCAAAAUUCUAACUUUAUAGAAAAUUUAAAUGCUUUAGGAUUGUCUCAGAAAGUAUGUUUCACAUAACUACAAAAAAAGUUGAGUAGAUUUUGCAAUGACAGACAUUCCAAAUUGAUACAUCUUAGUGGUAUGGAUAUAUUAGAUCUCUCCUGCUUUUAUUUCCCUUGUAUUGCAAUUGGUUUAAAGCAUCUCAAACUUAUGUCAACACUGCCAUACAUAUAUGUUAACUAAAUUGUAACUAUGAAAUAGAUAAUAUAUUUUAAAUGGCC